CUAAAGGGCAGUCUGUUAUUGAAGAUCCGACCUGACUGAGAGCGCGCAGUUCUUGAAUCGCAGAAGAAUUAGAGGAGAAGAGAAAUAUACAGAGAGUAAAAGUAGAAUAUUAUUCCCUAUCUAGUCCACAGUGCAUACAGCGGUAUUUAAAGAAUACAAGGCAGUCAUGUACACGUGAGCAUCAGGAAGAAAUACAUAAUGAGCUGACGUGUCUUUUAUGCAUUGAUUUUGUUGUUGUGUUCGAAUAGUUAUAAUGGGGAAAGUCGCAAAGAUAUAAUAAUAAUGAAGAGGAAGGUGAGAGGAGCAUUAUAGUUUGAGAGAGAAAAAAGGGCGUAUGGCAAUAAUGAGAAGAAUACUUACAAUUGUGGUGAAUCUUGGUCAAAGAGAGAAAAAAAAAAAGGAGAAUUUACUGAUGGAUGCUCAAUUGAUGGAGACUAAUCUUCUUCAAGAGAGAGAAAAGGAGAAGGGUGAGGGUUUCUCAUGAAGGAGAAGGGUGCGUGUCCUGUCCCCGAUCUGCAAGAAAACCGAGCUGACCUCCUCCGUUGCUUUGCUAUGGCAGACCAUCUGUUCGACGAAAUGCCCGUUAGAGUAAUUCCUUUGGUUUUCGAGUCUUUUGACUGGAUUUGAAAUGUGGGUCUUACUUAAGAUUGGUCGUUAUCAGCAAACCUGGGCUUCACUUCCGUUUUGCAAAGUUUCUGCUCCAAAGAUUCUAGCGAUCUAUCAUCGUUACGGUGACUUCUCUAACGUGGUUUAUUCACCAGAGCUGCCUGAUUGGUUUAGGUUUGCGGAGGGAGAGCAGGAUUGUGACUUGGAUUCGAAAGAUGACUUUUUGCUUCCCACACGGUCGGGGAAUUUGGAAGGUAGGCGUGGUAGUAGAAAAGCUGUUGUUCGGAUCGAGCAUUCUGAGGCUGUUGAUGUUGAUGUUGAUCCAAUCAGCAAUGUACUGAAGGUAAGGUUCGGUUCUCCUGAAGAAGUUGUCUCUACUCUGAAUAAUUACUCCCCAAAGGUUUCAAAGAAUUUGGUUGACAAAAUAUUGAAAAGGUUUAACAAUGAAUGGAUCCCUGCAUUGGGUUUCUUCAGGUGGGCCGACGCUCGUAUGGGAUACAAGCACUCCCGUGACUCGUAUGAUAUGAUGGUUGACAUAUUGGGAAAAUCGAAGCAAUUUGACACAAUGUGGGGCUUGGUUGAGGAAAUGAGUGGAAUUGGUGGACUAAUAUCGUUAUCAACUAUCACAAAGGUCAUCAGAAGGCUAGCUGGAGCUGCUAGAUGGAAGGAUGCCGUAAGGGCUUUUCAUGGCAUGGUGAAAUUUGGGAUUAGCAAAGAUACUGUGGCUAUGAACAUUCUGUUGGAUUCUUUAUGCAAGGAGAGGAGUGUUAUGCGUGCUAGAUAUGCCUUUUUGGAUCUAAGAAGAGAAAUAGCUCCCAACGCUAGCAGUUUUAAUAUAUUGAUUCAUGGAUGGUGCAAAGCAAGGAAACUUGAAGAAGCUUGGAAGACUUUAGAGGAAAUGAUAGAAUUUGGUUUUAAGCCUUGUGUAAUUACAUAUACUAGUUUAAUCGAAGCUUACUGCUUGGAAAGAGAUUUUCAGAAGGUUGAAGCUGUUCUUGAUGAGAUGAGAACUCAGGGAUGCCAACCUAAUGUCAUAACCUAUACCAUCAUAAUGCAUUCUUUUGGAAAGGCAAAGAAAUCUCAAGCAGCUUUUUCCGUUCUUGACCAAAUGAAGACUGAUGGUUGUUUGCCUGAUGCUUCAGUCUACAACUCCUUAAUUUACAUAUUCGCUAGAGCAGGUCAAUUAAGAGAAGCCUAUAAUGUAUAUGAGGAAAUGCAUAAAAGAGAAAUCUCUCCAAAUGUGACCACAUUCAAUACCUUAAUUUCAGCUGCCUGUAAUCAUUCUCAGGCAGAGCAUGCUUUGAAACUCCUUGUGAUAAUGGACGAAACUUCAUGCAAGCCUGAUAUCAAGACUUAUUCUCCUUUACUUAAGUUGUCAUGUUCAAGGAAAUGGAUGAGGGUCCUUCUGUAUUUACUGGGCCAUAUGUUUAAAAGGGAUAUCAGCCUAGACCUUGGAACAUAUACACUUCUGGUGCGUGGACUAUGUCGGACGGGGAAAUUGAAGCAAGCAUGCAUAUUUUAUGAGGAAAUGAUAUUAAAAGGAUUCAUUCCUAGGAGUCAUUCAAGUGCUAUAUUGCUGGAAGCACUUGAAAGGAAGAGUAUGGUUGCUGCAAAGUCAAGAGUUCAAAAGUUAACGUUGAAGGCACAGAGUAUGCGACAGCUCACCCAUUACACAGAUCAAUAUGCUUCUGACUGAAGAAAGAGCGUUGUUCUGAUAACUCUUUCCAAGAAUAAGUUAAAGAUAAAGAUUUUAAAUUCACUUGCAUGGUAGCAUGCACAAAGGUAAGUUUUUUUUUUCUCUUGUAUGAUAAUUUGUUCUUCUUCAUUUCGUCUUUCUUUUAUUGCCUAGUAAAAAGGUAAACUAAGUUCCCAAAUGCCGAUUUAUAUUUAUUGAAAACAAGAUUAGAAUUAAUUAUAACAUCACACGGUCACACCUAACUUGAAUGUGAUUUAGAAUGGCCAUAAUCCUCUAGUUAUAGCUUAAUCGAAAGUAAUUUUGAAACACAAAUACCUAAAGUUAUGUACUUUGCCUCUGCAAUGGAUAAAGUAAUAGAAUUAUACUUUCUACUCUAUCAUGAUAUAAGUGGAAGUUCUAAGAUCUAAUAGGUGCAUGAAGUGUUCUUCUAAUUGACUCUACAUCCUACAUAGUCAACAUUAGAGCAUCCUAUAAGAUCAAAAGAUAACUUGUUCUUAGGGAUCCAUUAUCCUAAGUUCGGUGUUCCUAUAAGGCUUAUAAAAGUUCUUUUGCUACUGUCAUGUGUGACUUCUUAGAAUCUACUUGAAAUCUAGUACAUAUCCCUAUAGAAACAUAAUAUAUGGUUUAUUAGUUAUCAAAUAUAAUGAGGACCAUAUCAUACCUCUAUAAAGCUUAAAAUCUAUUGCCUUCCCAUUUGCAUUUUUUUUCUAGCAUAAUUAUUAGGCUCAUAGAGGUGCCAACCAAUUUAAAUCCCUUCAUGUUAAAUUUAAACAUAUUAAUCAUAUCUUGAAUGUACUUGGUUUGAGAUAAAAGUAUUCAUUCAUCCUUCUACUUGUAAACCAAAGAAGUAGUUUAGUUUUCCAAUUAAGCUCGUCUCAAACUCUUUUCUCAUAGUACUUACAAAUUCAUAACAUAACUAACAUUUUGGGGCUCUUAAGUAAACUAUCAUAUACAUAUAUUUGAGUCAUUAUCAUGUCUCCUUCAAUUUGCUUGAUAAAUGAUGUAGUGCCUACCUUUUCUUUGCAAAAUCACAAACUGAUAAGAAAUGUGCUUAAUCUCUCAUAUUGGACUCUAUGAGCUUAUUUUGGUCCAUAAAGUGUUUUCUUCACUUUAUACAUUUGACAUAGAAAACAUAAUACAUAAAACUAGAUAACUUUUCUACAAACAUAUUUUCCUCUAUGAUCCCUUCUAAAAUCAAAUCUUAAGAUACAUUUGACAUAAAGUAAAAUUUAUAAAAUAUGCAAAUGCUAGUUAGAGUCUAAUGGCUACUAAUCUAACUACAAGGGGAAAAUAUUUUCAAAGCCUAUCCCUUUUAUCUAACCUAGCCUUAUUCCUAACUAUAGUGCAUGAAUCAUUUGCUUUAUUGUUAUAACCCCAUUUAGUUUCUAUCACAUACUAAUCAGUGGGUCUAGGUACUAACUCUCAAAUAUCACUCCUAAUGAAUUAAAUCAAUUCUACUUGCAUUGUACUUUCCAAAAAUUCAUCCUCUCAAGUUUCCUGUAUUUUUGAUGGCUUAAAUGUGAUAGAAAUGCAGAAUAGUACACCUCUUCUUUAGUUGCACUCCUAGUUCUAACUCAUUUUAAACAAGUCUAUGAUAAGUUCCCUAGGAUGACUUGAAGCACAACACCACUCCUUAGGUAACUCAAAUGCUAGUGGUUCCUCCUUAAAAGCUUCAAGCUGAUACAGGCUUAAGGUUUCUAGUUUAUCAAUCUCCUCAUCAUGCAAAUUUUUUGUCCUAAGUAGUCUAUUAAAUAGAUAUCACUUAUAGAUUAUUCCUCAAUUAAUGAUAUUUUAACUAAAUACUUUAUGUUCUUAAUUAUUCUAUGAAUAUCACAAUAAUACUCCAUCAAAUCUAUUAUCAAAUUUCAUCAAAUUUUCCUUUUCAUUCCUCAAUAUGAAUCAUCUACACCAAAAAAUAUGAAAAAGACAUACAUCUGACGUCCUUUCUUUCCAAAUCUCAUAAGGUAUUUUCUAAUUGCCAAUUUAAUAUUUACCAUGUUAUUUACAUAGCAAGAUGUACAUUAUUUUAGCCCAAAAGUAUUUAUACAUAUCGAGUUCACUAAGCAUUAUUCUAAACAUAUCUAAUAAUAUCUCUCUUCCACAUUUCUAUACCAUUCAGCUGUGAUGUUCUAGAUACAGAAAAGUUGUCUAAUCCCAAUUUCAUCACAAAAAGUCUCAAACUUAUCAGUUUCAAAUUCUUCUCAUUAAUCACUCAUAAUAUAUAACAGAGAUGAUUUCUUUUCUUUCUAAAUCCAUUAACAAAUUUCAUGAAUUCUAUUAUUGCAUCACUUUUGUUGACUAAAAAUACUAAGUAAAGCUUGAAUAAUCAUCAACUAUAAUAUACACUUAAAAGAUGUACAAGUAUGUAUUACGCCGGCCCAGGAGGGGCCGGCUGCCUUUCCUGAAUCGGUCCCUAGUGGACUGGUUUGGGUUUACCACUGCCAGCCCAAGCUAGGAGAGAGAGGGGGGCCGGCCACUCCCUUGGGCCCCACACCUUGAAAAAUAAUUGUUUGGAGGCAAAAAUAUGAAUUAGGGGCUAUUUAGGGAAUUUGUAAUUUUCUUUUGUCUUUAAUUAUUGGUUAAUGUUAGAAUUAGGAUUUCAUCUUGAAUUUGAGAAAAGAUUUGAGAUCUAGGGUUUGUGUUCUUGGGCUCUAGGCUUGGCUAGAGAAUUGGAGAGUUGUUUCUUCCUCUCGAAUAGAAGAAACAUGUAUCUUUGCUGUUUUUCUUGCAUCUAUUAGUGAAUUUCUCCACUGUUUCCUCAGAUUUCUCUAUUUUUCCUAAGGAAAACUGCUGUAGUUGCUGUCUGACUGCUGUAAACAGCAAUUUUUUUCACUGUUUUCUAUCCAAUGUUGCUAGGUUUGCUUGCGAACUCAAGUAUUACCCUUGGGGUUACUUGCGAACUCAAGUACUUCCUAUAAGUAUGCUUUCUUAGUUGAUUGUCAUCUCAUAAUUGAUCGUUAGAGUAAUGCAACUGACAUUAUCCAACUACCAACUAAUUUCUAAACAAAUUGGAUAAGAUAUGCAUGCUAGCAUGGCAAAAUUGUAUAUGACAUAACCAGGGGUCAUCAUAAAUUCCAUUUAAACAUUUUAGAAUAUUAGAAAAAAAAAA